AUAGCUCAUCCCAAACCAUCCAAUAUCUUGUACCAAUCGAGUAUUUGCAACCCUCUCUCUCAUCGUAUUAUUUACAACUUCCUCAUAUAUUGGCUUUGAUCUGAUCCUUUUCCGAAUUUCAUUCACGUUUCAGUUAUACACAAUAUACAUACGAAGUAUUUUUUUAAUCUUCAUUCUUAUUAUCUCUUCUUGAAUAUCUGAUCCUCACCAAAUUUUCUUUAACUCUUUUAUAAUGGCUAUGGGGGAUGAAAACAACAGUGUAACAUAUGAAGAGGAAUAUGUGUUAAAUUCGAGAGGAAUGAAGCUUUUUACGUGUAAAUGGCUACCUGGGCAAUCUGAGCCUAAAGCUUUGAUCUUUCUCUGCCAUGGAUAUGCCAUGGAAUGCUCUGUUUCAAUGAGAGGUGCUGCGACAAGGCUUGUGAAAGCAGGGUAUGCAGUUUAUGGCAUGGACUAUGAAGGGCAUGGGAAGUCAGCUGGUUUGCUUGGUUACGUUCCCAGCUUUGAUGCUGUUGUUAACGAUUGUUCUGAUCAUUACUCCAAAAUUUGUGAGAGGAAAGAAAACAAGAAAAAGAUGAGGAUGUUGCUGGGAGAAUCAAUGGGAGGAGCUCUUGCUCUUCUCCUCCAUAGAAAGCAACCUCAUUUCUGGGAUGGUGCUGUCCUGGUUGCUCCCAUGUGUAAGGUCAG